GGCCGAGUGGGUCCAGUGCCACCGCCCGGCGUCGCUGGAGGAAGCCGUCCGACUCGCGGAGGACCACAUGGCGGCGAUUCCCAGGGCGGAUGAGCCCUCUCUCUCUGUCUCCCCUUCCCCUGUGUCUUCCCCUGUUUUUUUUCCCUCCCCUCUUCCCUCUCGCUCUGCUCUCUCCCCAGGGUCCGUUCCUGCCCCCCGCAGGCGCGGAGCGUUUGUGAGACCAGCUUCCCGGCCUUGGGAACACCCGCCUAGCCCUUCCCCGUCCUUCAGCCGCUCUCCUCCUCAGGUGGGGGCACCCGCCAGCACGGGUGCGGCCGCAGCGCCUGGGCCGGUCUGCUGGAGGUGCGGAGACCCGGACCACUUCCGGGAUCAGUGUCCGCUGAUGGAAAUAGGGGCAGUGGUGCGGGUCUCCGAUGUUCCGCAGGCUGCCCCCGAUCGGGCUGGAGCGUACCGGAUUCCGUAGAGCGAGGAGAGCGGAUAAAAAGCCAGCAGCCGCAGAGCAGGGGGAAGAGAGAUCGACAACGAACUCAGCGUUCGAAUACAGAGACAUUGUAAUACUGUGUGACUAGAAAGGCAAAUUAAAAGGCUUACCGUGUCUCGGAGUCUUGCUUCCUGUCAUCCUUACAGUAGCGUUACAAUAUGAUAUUCUAGAAGAUCCCUCUGUAAUGUGCUGAAAUUACUUCUUGACAAAAAAAAAAAAAAUUACAAAAUAGUGGUCAGAGGAAAAAUUGCUGGACUUGAUUGACAGGAGUACAAGACCAAUGUGACAGGGGUUGAUUGGGAGGGGAAA